AUGCGCUGGUUUGCCAACAUACCACUCGCAAGUGUCACCGAUUUCAAAAAAGCUGCGUGGCUUGAUCUUGCGCUUGCAAGAAAGUUCGUCGGUAAAAAACCAUUGAUGCGACUUGAUUGGCUCGAUCUUGAAGUGAAGUCCGUUAGAUAUAAGCCAUUGGGCCAAAAUAUCGCGGUAGUUCAAGCAGUAGCUCGCAAGAAAGUCGCCACAGACUUUUCAUUGUUUCCCGAACUUGCUACCGAAUUGCAAAACAAAAUUUGGGUUAUGGCAUCGCUGAAAUUUCCACGUUUUAUCUCAAUCAUUGAGGAAGAUGUCGAUGUUGCCACACACCCCAACUAUGACCAGUACAGAGUCAUCGGAGCCAUGCGUCCAAGACUUUUGUACACUUGUAAGGGUGCUCUAUCUGCCAUGGCUGGCAGUUAUAGACCAAUGUUCGAGCUUGAUGCGAGCAAGUACCAUGGCAUAAAGAAGGGCGUUAUGGUAAAUCCCGACAUCGACAUCAUUGAUUUUGUAUCUCUUCUCAGCGUUCGAACACCCCCACUAAACUUUGUUGGGGCUCUUUUGAAUCCUGGAGAGUUCUCCAUGAUCCGACACAUUUGCCUCCCUAUUCAGGAGUUCCAUGACAAUUUUCAAGCUGUCACUGGAGUUAUUCGCAACCUACCUUUACUUGAAUCUGUGGUCGUUGAGACUGAUCAAGUCGAUUUAACACUUCCCAACCCUCUCCACAUUGAAUUUGUGUUCGCAGACAUCUGUUACGCUAGACCUGGCCGAGCACCACGCACUGAGAUGACCAUAAUGGUCAAGCAUGGCGGUUUCCAUUUCAUCGGUGCACAGGCCAUCGGCAUACUUUUCAAUGACGUUACCAACUUAACUCAUCAAGCUGGCAUCCUUGAGUCGUUGGCAAAGAUGAACUCAAUGAUGCGCCAGGAGGCAAAUUUCCCCAACAAGGUCCUUGCGUCAUUUAACUAUCGCAAUUCCUGA